ACCGUCCUGGGAAAUUGAUGAAAGCUUCUUCCUUUUUAAUCCUCCUAACAUUAAGUGAGAAGACGAAGAAGAAAGACUAAAACCCCAAAAUAGUGGAAGAUUUAGAGGAAAUAGACAAGAGAGCAUUCUGAUUCAUGUGAUUCUGGUUUCGUUACUUUUUGAUUUUCAUCUCGUGCUUCUCUUCUGUGUCGUUUUCUAGGCAAUUUCGUGAUCGUUUAUCCUCAGGCGACUGUUUCUUUUCGGUUUCUGUGUAUUGAUUGAUUAUAAAGUCUCGAACUUUCCCGGAAACUGGAUCUGGGUUUUGCCGUUUCUACUCUCCUGAGAAAGAUAAGAUGAAUCUUUACGGGAAAGACAAUAUCGGCCUGAGAAAAGGGAUUUUCUCUGUGCUCUCAUUCGUCGUUUUGCUGUUCAACGCUUCGACUUCGUCUUCAUCAUCUGAAGCGAUCACAAUAAAGCCAAGACAUUUAUCUUUGCUAAAGAGUGCUUUACAACGGUCAAGUGGAGAACAGUCUAAUCUUUGGAGGCCAAUGAUUGAUCAAGGAUGGAGUCCAUGUAUUGAUUUUGGAAACUCCCCUUCAUUGCCGGAUAAAACCGAGGGAUAUAUUCAGGUAUUUCUCGAUGGAGGACUGAACCAGCAACGAAUGGGUAUAUGUGAUGCAGUUGCGGUUGCUAAGAUAUUGAACGCAACACUCGUGAUCCCAUAUCUCGAAGUAAAUCCUGUUUGGCAAGAUUCAAGUUCCUUUGUUGAUAUAUUUGAUGUUGAUCAUUUUAUCGAUGCGUUAAAGGAUGACAUAAGAGUAGUUAGAGAGCUUCCUGAGGAAUACUCUUGGAGCACAAGAGAGUAUUACGGCACAGCAGUCCGUGAAACUCGAAUUAAAACCGCACCUGUUCAUGCUUCUGCCAAAUGGUAUAUCGAGAAUGUCUCACCGGUUCUUCAAAGCUAUGGGAUUGCUGCUAUAUCUCCAUUCUCUCACCGUCUUUCGUUCGAUCACUUACCUGCUGAGAUCCAACGUCUAAGAUGCAAAGUAAAUUUUCAAGCUUUACGCUUUGUCCCUCACAUUACAUCACUUGGCGAUGCUCUUGUGAGCCGUCUUAAAAACCCAUCAUGGAGAAGCAACAAGGAGAAAAAGAAUGUGGAUCAUUUAGGGGACAUGAUUAACUCGCACAGCAGACGAGAGCCCGGGAAGUUCGCUGUUCUGCAUCUUCGCUUCGACAAGGACAUGGCUGCGCAUUCGGCUUGUGAUUUUGGAGGAGGCAAAGCCGAGAAACUUGCAUUGGCGAAAUACAGACAAAUGAUUUGGCAAGGAAGAGUCUUGAAUUCUCAAUUCACAGACGAAGAGUUAAGAAGCCAAGGACGGUGUCCGCUAACACCUGAAGAAAUGGGACUUCUUUUAGCUGCUUUCGGAUUCGACAACAAUACUCGUCUCUAUCUCGCAUCCCACAAGGUAUAUGGAGGAGAAGCUAGAAUCUCAGCAUUAAGACAAGUUUUCCCAAGAAUGGAAGACAAAAGAAGCCUUGCUUCUUCUGAAGAACGAGCUCGAAUCAAAGGCAAAGCUUCUUUAUUAGCUGCACUGGAUUACUAUGUAAGCAUGCACAGUGACAUUUUCAUAUCUGCAUCACCUGGAAACAUGCACAAUGCUCUCGUGGGUCAUCGAACGUUCGAGAAUCUUAAGACGAUUAGACCAAACAUGGCGUUGAUUGGACAGCUUUUCCUCAACAAAAGCAUCACUUGGGUCGAUUUUCAACAGGCGCUUGGUGAAGGACAUGUCAAUAGACAAGGACAGAUCCGGUUAAGAAAACCAAAACAAUCGAUUUAUACUUAUCCGGCGCCUGAUUGUAUGUGUCAUGUUUGAUUAGACAAGUCUUAAAAAAAUCUUUAGGUUUCUCUGCUAAUAAGAGCUCAAUUCUUGAUGAGGCUGGUUGGUUUAUCUUGAGGGUUAAUAAAAUAAUAUUCACAUC